AUGAUAACAUUGUUGUUAUUGAGUUUAUCUUGUGGUUUAAAGUGGUGCAAAGAAAGAAGGUCUCUCUUUUGUGUCACAAAGGAACGUGAAUGCUCUCCAAUGUAUGAGUGGAGCAUUGAAAGUGAAACUGUAUAUAUUGGGACUUCACAAAACCAAUUGUUAAUUUAUUGUGAAAUACCAACAAUACUUAAUGUAAUUUUUGAAGGUGCUAACGAUUUAAAACUUGUGUUUGACAAGAAUAAUAUUUAUUAUAAUGUUACACGUGGUGAUAUUGAUGAUAACAAGACAAACAACAAACUGUCUGUUGAAACUUUAAAAAGAAGUUGUAAUCUCACUGAAAAUUGUGAAGAAUGUUCUGCGGUGGAAAUUACUACUGUUUGUGUUAGGUGCAAAACAGACCAUUAUUUGAUAAAUGGGUUUUGUUUUAAAUGUGGUAUAAAUUGUAUUAUUUGUGAAGAUUCAACUGGCAAUUGCUUAAAAUGUAUUACUGAUUAUUUCACUGAUAAUGGUUUAUGUAUGGAAUGUCCUAAACAAUGUAGUGCAAAUCAAUGUUUAAGUGAUGGUUGUACAAAGUGUAUGGAUGGAUUUUUGUUGAUUGACAAGAAUUGUUUUAAAUGUAAAGAUCCAUGUUAUCAUUGUUCUGGAACUUUAACGUCUUGUACUGCAUGUAAAACAGAAAUGUAUUUAGAAGAAAACACAUGUAAAAGUUGUCAAUAUAGUUGUGUUGAUAAAAAGUGUAAUCAUGAUAAUGGAUGUACUUCUUGUAAAGUCAAUUUUGUACUCAUUGGGAGAAGUUGUUAUCCGUGCUAUGAUGGUUGUAUUCAAUGUACUGGAAAAUCAUACAACCAAUGUACUGUAUGUCAAAACAAUUAUUAUUUAAGUGGAGGAGAAUGUCGACAAUGUGAUAAUAAUUGUAAUAACUGUUCAACAAUUGAAGGAUGUAAAAAAUGUAAUACUUAUUAUUUUGUAAAAGAAAAACGUUGUACUAAAUGCCCUGAUAAUUGUUUCACUUGCACUUCAGAGCUAUUCGACAGUUGCACUGAAUGUGUUGAGGGGUUUUAUUUGGAAGGAGGCGAAUGUAAAACAUGUGACACCAAUUGUCAACUUGGAAAGUGUUCUCCAACAUUCGGUUGUACAUCAUGUAAAGAUGGGUUUUAUAACACAUCUUUGAUUUGUAAAUCUUGUGAUUCUUCUUGUUUGACUUGUUCGGAAAGCGGAACUAAUUCUUGUCUUUCGUGUAGAGAUGGCGUGAGUUUUUUAGUUGGAAAUACUUGUCUUAGUUGUGUUUUAAAUUGUAGUCCAGGAAAAUGUUCAAACACUACUGGUUGCACAAUGUGUAUCAAUGGAUAUUAUGUUCAAAACAAAAUGUGUUUCAAGUGCGAUUUAAAUUGUGCGACAUGUGAAAAUUUCAGUACAAAUUGUACCUCGUGCGACGAGACUUAUUAUUUACAAAAUGGCAAAUGUUUGCGUUGUCAUCACAGUUGUGUACCGGGUAAUUGCCAACAAUCAACUGGUUGUACUGAAUGUGAACCAAGGUUUUAUCAAUAUAAUAUGACUUGUUUUAGUUGUGAUGACACUUGCUACCAAUGUAAUGGCGGAUCAAAUACAAACUGUAUAUCAUGUUUAGAAGGAAUUAGCUUUUUAGAAAAUGGACAAUGUAUAACUUGUGAUAAAAAAUGUAAAAAUAACAGAUGCCAUAAUUCAGAAGGAUGUACUUCCUGUGAAGAUAAAUACUUCGUUAAAAAUAAAAGAUGUGUUUCUUGUCAUUCAACUUGCAAGACGUGUGUUGGUGAACUCGAAACAGAUUGUAAUAGUUGUGAAAAGGGAUGGUAUUUGGACAAUUCAAAAUGUUUAUCAUGUGACACAAAUUGUAAACAAGAAAAUUGUGAUGUAAACAAUGGAUGUCAAAUAUGCGAAUUUGGAUAUUUCCCUAAUAAUAAAAAGUGUUCUCCAUGCAAUUCAAUUGCAAAUUGUGUUGAGUGCAACCAAAGUGUUGGGUUCCAAUGUACAAAAUGUGGAGACAGGUUCCAAGUUGUAAAUUAUUCGUGUCAAUGUCCAAAUUAUUUAUACCAAAACAGUCAAAACACUUGCAGUGAAUGUUACAAUUUUAAUGACAAUUGUCAAUUAUGUACUAACCAAGAUGACUUUUCUUCAAUUUGUACAAAUUGUUUUAAGCCUUAUAUAUUAACCAAUUCCAAAUGUAAAUUGUGUAUGAAUGGUUAUUACUAUUCAAAUAAGAAAUGUUUUGUUAAUGAUGAUGGGUGUGAACGUCAAAUUGAAAAUGGUCAUUGUGUAAAAUGUAAUAGUAGUUUUUAUUUACGAGAGAACAAAUGUCUUCCAAUAAUUGAAAAAUGUUUAACCAAUUCAAUAAUAAAAUGCCAGGACUGUCUAAAUGGAAUUUCUAUCGACAGCAACUGUGGGUUGUAUUCGGAAUGCAAGUAUUAUCUAAAACAAAUUAUUAAAAAUCAAUGUCUUCAGUGUUUUAAUAAUCAAACUCUUAUAAAUGGAAAUUGUUCUGUUGUGACAAAUAGUCACUUCAUCAUCAAUAAUGUGAUUAUCAAGUGUGAUAAGAAUGAAUAUUUGAACAAUACCAAUUUGUGUACUCAAUGUAAAAACUCUUUAUUAUGUAAUUUUGAAAACAGUACAAUCAAAGAUAUUUUAUGUGAUAAAGACAAAGUGAUUGAUACAACCGAAAUUAAAUGCGUUGAAAAUAAUAAGUGUGAUUUGAUAAUAUCAAGUGAUUGUAUACAAUGCAAAUUGCAAAACAGUUUUAUUUCAAUGAAUCAAUGUUCCGCGUGUAACGAUAACAAUUGUAAAUUAUGUACAAAGAAAUAUUGUGUAAAAUGUAAAUCAGAAUACUUAUUAGUUAAUUCAAAUAAUUGUCAACAUAUAAACAGUUUUAUGUGUGUUAAAAGUAAUUCACAAAAUUGCAUUCAAUGCGAUAUUUCUUACGUUCGAUCCGGAAAAAACAAUGAAACAACUUCAUAUUGUCAGAAACUUGAAAAUAACAUUAAAUAUGCGUUAAUAAGAGAAAACAACACUUCAGUAACAAUUAAAGAAUGUGAAAACAACUAUUAUUUAUUUGAAAAUGAAUGCACUUAUGGUGAAUUUUCGACAAUUUCCAAAAGUGAAAAGGAAACGAAUUGUCAAGUAAGAACACAAAAGGGGUGUGUGUCAUGUUUAAAUGGUUUUUAUUUAAAUCAUGAAACGUGUGUGAAAUGCAUAAAUGAUUGUCUGAAUUGCGUCAAUGAUAGUUACUGCCUUACUUGUGAUAAAGACACCCACUUUUUGAAUGUUUAUUCUAAAUGUGAGUCAACAACUGAUUUAAAUAAAAAGUGCAAACUUCCAAUGCCACAAAAUAUAGGAUGUGCUAUAUGUAACGACUCGUUUUAUCGAGAAAAGAAUGACUGUUUGGAGUGUCACAGAUCAUGUAAAACGUGUAAGUCAAAAGAAAAAUGUAUUUCAUGUCAAGAAAACUAUUAUUACAUUUCCUCUGAAUCUUCUUUGUGCCAACCAUAUGAUACUUUAACUUUUUGUAUCAAUAAAACACAAAGUGGUUGUGUUGAAUGCCAAAUUGGAUACUAUCUAGACAAUUAUGUUCCUCGAUGCAGGAUUUGUAUGAACAAUUGCACGUCUUGUCUAAAUCAAAAUAGUUGUUUUGUUUGCAACGAGGAUAAUGUGUAUAUUAACAACACCUGUGUUCAUUUCUCGAAUAUUAAGAAUUGUAUUUCAUCAAAGAAUAAUUAUUGUUCGAUGUGUGUUGAUGGUAAAAAGGUUGGUGGUGAUGAAUUGUCUUGUGAGAAUCAAGUUAAUUUGGGUCUUGCCAUAGGGCUUCCUGUGAUGUUUAUGUUGUUAAUCAUUAUAACAAUAUCAGUAAUAAUAGUAGGACUGUUUUAUUUGUAUCAACACUUCAAAGAACAAAAGAAAAUGCAAAAUGUCUGUGUUUUUAAAAUGAGUCGGUCGAAUGUCAUUUUCUAUAAAGUGAAUGAUUGGCUUGUUUCUAACAAAGAAAUCCUUAUUUUUGAAGAUGAAGACAACGUAAAUAAAGAAAUUUGUGUUGGUAAAGAAACACGUGAACUUCUCUGUGUUGGGAACAAAUCAAACCAUGUUGUGAAAUUACAAUUUAGUGUGAUGAAAGGGUGUGAUUAUUACACGAUACAAACCGAACCGAAGUUAGUCCACUUAAAAAGUGGAGAAGCUUGUGAAUUUGAGAUUUUUUUGACACCACUUUGUUCAUGUAAAAUUGAAGAGCAAAUAGUGUGUAUUGGUCUUGACAUUCAAAAGGGAGUUGAAAUGACAGACAAUAUUAAAAUCUCUGCCAAAACUCAAUUAACAACACGACUGGAUUAUCAUGAAUUACACGAACAAAAGAAACUUGGUGAAGGAUCUUUUGGAAUAGUCUAUUUGGGAGAAUUCAGAGGAUUAAAAGUGGCAAUCAAGAAGCUGAGAGAGGGUUGCAGUGAUGAAGGCAAAGUCCGUGAAUUUGAAAAAGAGGUUCAAAUGCUUGACAAAUUCCGAAGCGAUUAUUUAGUCCAUUUUUAUGGAGCUGUAUUUAUACCAAACAAAAUCUGUAUGGUGACCGAAUUUGCGACUUUCGGGAGUCUCAACGACUUGAUGAAGAAAAAACGAGAACAAUCGCCUCGCAUGGCAGUUAAAAUGAAAUUCAUGUUAGACAUGGCAAAUGGUAUCGUGUACCUUCACUCCAAUGGAAUUGUUCAUAGAGAUAUUAAGCCUGACAAUUUACUGGUAUUUUCGUUGGACUUAGGGACAACAAUCAACGCAAAGUUGACUGACUUUGGAUCGGCGAGAAAUAUCAACAUGUUAAUGACAAACAUGACAUUUACAAAAGGAGUUGGAACACCGAAAUAUAUGUCUCCUGAAGUACUAAACAAAGAGAAGUAUAAAAUGCCGAGUGACAUCUUUUCCUUUGCAAUUAGUAUGUAUGAGUGCUUUACAUGGAAAGAUCCUUACCCAAAAGAAUUUUUCAAGUUUGCGUGGUCUAUAGCAGACUUUGUUGCUUCAGGAAAGCAUUUGCCCAAAGUCGAAUGUAUUGACGAAAAAAUAUAUUCUUUAUUGGAAAUAAAUACUCCAAACAGAAGAAACCCUGAGGGUAUAUAUAGAGAAUCCAACUUGUUAGUCAUUGAGUCUCAGAUGGGAAAGCAAGCCAAAGAUAAAGCCUCAAAGAAAGCUGCCAAGCCAGCCGUGAACAACUUCCCAGACAUUUUGAUGCCAUCCGCUGAAGAUAUCAAGAUGAUGGUUGCCUGCAGAGUCCAUAUUGGAGCCACCAACGAGAACUAUGCCAUGAAAGGAUACGUCUAUGAGAAGGGAACCAAUGGCGAGUGCAUUUUCAACUUGAUGAAGACAUGGGAGAAGUUGAGCCUUGCUGCUCGUGUUAUAGCUGGUAUUUCAAUUGAGAACCCAAGUGACGUAGUUGCCGUCGCUGGUCGUGAAAUGGCGCACAGAGCCUCAUUGAAGUUCAUGAAAUACACCGGAUGCACCUCCGUCGUUGGAAGAUUCACUGCUGGUACCUUCACCAAUCAGAUCCAAAAGAAAUUCAUGGAGCCACGUGUCAUCAUCGUCUCCGACCCAGCUGUUGACUCUCAAGCCUUGUUGGAAUCCGGAUACAUCAACGUCCCAACCAUCGCUUUUUGCAACUCAGACUCAGACACCACUAACGUCGAUAUUGCCAUCCCAUGCAACAACAGAUCAAGACUCUCUAUUGGUCUCAUGUGGUGGAUGCUCACCAGAGAAAUCCUCAGAUUCAGAGGUGAACUCGCUAGAGACAAGACUUGGGAAGUCGUCGUCGACUUGUUCUUGCACAGAGAACUCGACGCUAAGAAGGAAGUCUCCGCUCUCGCUGAUAACACUGAGAAGAAGGAAGAGAACGUAGUCGCCCCAGCAAAGGCUGAAGAGAAGAAGGAAGCCGUCAAGGCAACCGUCGCCUCAAGCGAAUGGGAAGACCAAAAGAAGGAAGAGAAAAAGAACUAA